GACUUGGUUAAAUUCAUUUAAGCAAAACUGCAACUGCGACGCCUGCUACAAAAAUAAAAAAACGUGUCGCUGCAUUUAUUAUUCGCGCAAAGCCCAAAGCAAAGCGAUAAACGUUUACAAAUAAAUGUAGUCGCAAUACCAAAAUUAGCCAGCUAAAGUUGUAAAUGUAUUGGAAGCAGCGCCCGUGCCAGAUAAUCAGCGCCAACUGAUAAGCGAGAGAUGGGCCAGACACUAUCCGAGCCGGUGACCGCGAAGGAGUCAUCGUAUUGCCAGAAUCAACAGUAUCGCGUGGGCAGCAGCUGCAUGCAGGGAUGGCGCAUCAACAUGGAGGAUUCGCACACACACAUACUCGCCCUGCCGGACGAUCCCAAGGCGGCCUUCUUUGCCGUCUACGAUGGGCAUGGCGGCGCGACUGUCGCCCAAUAUGCGGGCAAGCAUUUACACAAAUUCGUGCUCAAGCGGCCCGAAUACAAUGAGAACGAUAUCGAGAAGGCCCUGAAACAGGGUUUUCUGGACAUAGACUAUGAGAUGCUGCACAAUGAGUCGUGGGGCGAUCAGAUGGCCGGGUCAACGGCCGUCGUUGUGCUGGUCAAGGAUAAUAUGCUGUAUUGCGCCAAUGCCGGCGACUCGCGGGCCAUUGCCAGUGUCAACGGACAGGUGGAGACGCUAUCCGUGGACCACAAGCCGAACAAUGAGGCGGAAUCGAAGCGCAUCAUCGAGGGCGGCGGCUGGGUGGAGUUCAAUCGUGUCAAUGGCAAUCUUGCACUCUCCCGUGCGCUGGGCGACUUUGUGUUCAAGCGUGCAAACAAAAAGCCGGAAGAGCAAAUAGUCACAGCCUACCCGGACGUGGAGACGCGCCAAAUAAUGCCGGACUGGGAAUUUAUUGUGCUGGCAUGUGAUGGCAUUUGGGAUGUGAUGAGCAACGAGGAAGUGCUCGAGUUCUGUCGGUCGCGCAUCGCCAUGGACAAGCAGCCGGAGGAGAUUUGCGAGGAGCUGAUGAAUCAUUGCCUCGCGCCGGACUGCCAAAUGGGCGGACUGGGCGGCGAUAAUAUGACCGUUGUCCUCGUCUGCCUGCUGCACGAUAAGCCCUACAGCGACCUUGUUGCACGUUGUAGAUCAUCCUCCGGGCAGCCAGAUGUGAACACGGAAACGUCGACACCGGCGCCGACAGCAACGGAAACACCUGUUUUGUCGUCCCCCGCGCAAUAAAUAUGUCUAAACCAAAGCGAAAAGUUCAACAAUGCUAGUGACUGCUCUUACUUUGUUUGUAAUGCCCCCUCCCCCAUGCAAGAUAAUGAAUGUAUUAUCCAUCUAGUAUUUUUCGUACCUUUAGAUUGUGCAACACCAUUAUUAAAGCUGUUUAUAUAACUAACUCGGCCAAUCGAAGUCCGCAAGGAUUCGUGAUACUCUAUAAAAUAGAUUGGAAGCGAACACCUUUGAUUUUAAAAUCUAAAAUUGUACUCCUUGUCUAAUUUUAGAAAUUGGAUUUGUUGAAUGAUCCGAAAUACGGAAUUCAAAUACCCGAAAAAUUCCGAUUUUAACAUAUUUAAAAAACUUUGAAUGUACAUAACUUGGUUAAUUUAAGUCCGAUUUCGGAAAGAUUUGUCGUUUUGUGCUCAAGAAACCUUCUACAACUGAUUGGCAGCUAAAAUAAACCAAUUGCGAAUGCCAAUCGAAGGUCUGAGAUGAAAAAGCUAUAUCUUUCGAAAAUCAGACUACAACUACCCGAGAUAUUCCAAAAAUAUAUAAAAAGUUUUCUAAACACUUAACUUGGAUAACACAUAUAUAUAUAAAUAUAGCAUAGAUAAGUAAUUAUGUAUUUGUAUAAAGGAACAUUUUUUGUAGUGUCGAAAAAUCGUUGUAAAUUCCAUUGGGUAAACGAUUUAACUUGGGAUCGAUCCAACAUAGUCAUGCUAGAGGCCUUUUUACAUCGCAAUAAUAAUGAUACGAGAAUUGAGAAUAAACAAUUGAUUAGAAAAAAACCAAAACCAAAAA